GCGGGCCUGGCAGGUCGUCCUUAGCAGCCCUUGCCACCCAGAAGUGCAGUUCCAGUGGGCAGGAGCAGCCUCCCCUGGCGCCCCCCACUCCUCGCAGCUGGCCGCUCCCGCCCUCGGUCAGCCCAAUUUCCUGCCCCUCCUUCCUUCUCUCCUCCCUCCAGCUGUUUCUCAGGCAGAGUCUGGUCCUUGUCCCGUGCAGGGCAGCAGCCCGGGAGAGUGGAGAGCUCAGAGCUCAGGGCAGAGCGAGGGCUUUGGGCUUCAUGGGGAGCUGCUCGAGGGAGGAGGGUGUUCUAGGGGACUGCACUCUGGGGGGGCUGGGGGAUCUUGAAAGAAUGAAUGAACUGCUUUCUGGGUGAGCAGCCACAGCCAGAGGAACGGUGUGAUCUGUGAUCAAAAGAGACUCCAGGAAGCGCGAGCCACCAGGAGGACCAGAGCCCUCAGGAAGACCUCUGGGCAGAGGCGGCGAGAAGGUGUUUCCAGCUGUGCACAGGGACCUAUCGGCCGAGGACUCGUAUCAGAGCACUUCGGACACCACAGUGAACGGACAUGGAGGCGGAGGACUACAACGCCUCCGUUCCCUACGAGGAUGACUACAAUGAUGACUUUGACACCCUCCUGGUUUUAGAGGAGACCUCUCCCCUGGAGGUCAGGGUGGCCAAGAUCUUCCUGGUGGUGGUCUAUAGCCUGGUCUGCUUCCUCGGGGUCCUGGGCAAUGGCCUGGUGAUCGUCAUUGUCACCUUCAAGAUGAAGAAGACAGUGAACACCGUCUGGUUCCUCAACCUGGCCGUGGCGGACUUCCUGCUCAAUGUUUUCCUCCCGCUCUACAUCGCCUACACCGCCAUGGACUACCACUGGGUGUUUGGGACAGCCAUGUGCAAGAUCAACAACUUCCUGCUCACCCACAACAUGUACACCAGCGUCUUCCUGCUCACCGUCAUCAGCUUUGACCGCUGCGUCUCUGUGCUCCUCCCCGUCUGGUCCCAGAACCACCGCAACAUCCGGCUGGCUCACAUGACCUGUGCAGUUAUCUGGGUCCUGGCUUUCUUCUUGAGUUCCCCAUCCUUCAUCUUCAGGGACACAGCAAAUCUGCAUGGGAAAAUCUGCUGCAUCAACAACUUCAGCCUGUCUUCGGAGGGCGCUACUGCUGCGGGGCACAACCGACACAUGCUGGUGAAUGUCACCCGCUUCCUCUGCGGCUUCCUGUUCCCCGUCCUCAUCAUCACAGCCUGCUACCUCACCAUCGUGUGCAAACUGAGGCGCAACCGCCUGGCCAAGACCAGGAAGCCCUUCAAGAUCAUCGUGGCCAUCAUCAUCACCUUCUUCCUCUGCUGGUGCCCCUACCACACCUUCUACCUCCUGGAGCUGCACCACGCCUCACUGCCUGGCUACAUCUUCAGCCUGGGUUUGCCCCUGGCCAUGGCCAUGGCCAUCGCCAAUAGCUGCAUGAACCCCAUUUUGUACGUCUUCAUGGGUCAGGACUUCAAGAAGUUCAAGGUAGCCCUCUUUUCCCGCCUGGUGAAUGCCCUGAGCGAGGACACAGGUCACUCUUCCUACCCCAGCCAUAGAAGCUUCACCAAGAUGUCAUCCAUCAAUGAGAAGACUUCAGGGCAGGAGAAGACCAGUAUGCUUUGACCUCAGCCUGGAGAGCCCCCCUAUGGAAACUUCCCACCCAGGAAUGCUUUCUGAGGACCAAGGCAAGAACCCCUUUAGGACUCACCGGUGCCUGCUGCAUUUGGCAGGGGGUUGAGCAGUGUUUGAAGCUGCAAAUCCAGGGCCCAAAGCCCUUUUUUUCCAAGAGGGAUGAUGGACAGAACCUACCACAUUGCUCACAACCUUGGUGGACCAGCAACCCGUGCUUCUUGGGAGACCAGCCUUGAUGGUCUCAAAGUAAAACAGCAAUUAUUCUCAAAAGCACUGCCUUGCGCUAGGGUUGAUACAAGGCACACCCUAGAAAUGACACAAACACUAUACAAUACCCCUUCCUGGUGUGAGUGGGGCCGUCAGAGCAAUCCCAGCAUGAUGGAGAUCACACCUUAUCCCCGUGUGCCUUUGUCAAUAGCAACCAGAGACUGCUGCCUCGGGAGUCCUUUGCUCUGGGCCCAGAUGCACUGGUUACCUUGGAGAUAAAGGUGACGUACCCACCCACGGACUCCCAAGAUCAUGGAUCUUCAGGUCAAUCUUCAGCGUCCCAAGAGGCCAGGUGGACUCUGCAAGCACAAGACAAGCUGAGGCUGCAAUGAGGACCCAGAGGCCAGGAAAAUGAAUCUGAAAGGCAAGCAAAGGCCUCUCAAAGGAAGCAGCGCCGCCGUCUCUGAAGCAGCUGACCCCACAACUCCUCGGGGGGGGGGG